AUGAUGAGUGCUGGUCCACUUACUGUACUCUAUGUGUUAUUCCUGUCAUUUGAAGUCUGUGUUUCAAUAUUCAUCAAUAUGUUCAUCACAUUUGUCAUUGUCCAUGAUUAUUACUUGAAGAAAAGCUUAACAUCUUUGCAGAAAAUCCUGGUUGCACUUAAUGCUUCCAGCAUCUUCUUCAUCAUUGUGUCCUCCUUUAAUGUUUUCUCUAACCUCCUGCUGCCCGAGUUCUCUGAGACACUGUCCUACAGCAUGACGAUGACCGUAUUCUUCAUUUACUCCAUGUGCUCCAGCACUUACCUCACCGCCAUCCUCUGUUUCUAUUAUUUCAUUAAGGUUGUCAAUGUCCAAAGAGGGUUCCUUGUUUGGAUCAAGAAGGAAAUAGGUUCUCUUGUCCACUGGCAGAUUGUAGUGGCAAAGUUGUUCUCCUUAGUCAACAGUUUACUCAGCUUGCUUCUCUUUACGUCCCAUCACUUGCCUGUUACGAAUGGGUCAUUCAUUCCACUUAACUCUGCAACUUUAGAAAAGUCUAGUGUGGAUGAUAACAUAUUAAAAUUUCUUUUGAUCAUGAUUUCCUUACCUCUCCUCUGCACGGCAAUAACCAUCCUUUUAACCGUCGGCUUCCUGAAGUUUCACAGUGAUAAGAUGGAGAAGGCGCAGACGUCCGGAGAAGCCGGCCUUACAUUGUAUAAACGUGUCAUCUACAAGAUGUUGCGUUUCUUGGUACUAUACUCUGUGUUCUAUCUGGUGAUGUUUCUUUAUUAUUUCAACGUUUUUGCCGCCUAUAGUCCUGGAUACUAUAUCAACCUGAUGCUGAUGUUCUUGUUUACACCAACACAAUCUGCUCUGCACAUUCUUGAUAACCAAUAUCUGCGGAGCCCAUGGAGGGAGAUGGUAGGUCGGAUACUGCGAUCUACACAUCGUAAUGUUUAG